UUUCUUACUUUUUCUUAACAAAAUUGUUAUCACUUUCUUUUCUGGUCUCGUUGCUCGUUUUUCUGACAGUUCUCUUCUCUCUUCUCUAAAAGCGUCAACGAUAACUCUGCAAAAACGCUUUCUAAAUCAAAUCAGACAGGUGAAGGAAGGCCUCUAAAUUAUGGGAAACACUGAGUCAUAUGAAUCUGAAGAAAAUCUUUACCAACAAUCGUCAUCUUAUGAUCAGAGUUCGGUAAAUUCUGUCUAUCAUCAACCUUCUUCUUAUGAUAGGAGUUCAAUCAAUACUACCUAUGAUCAACCCUCUUCUUAUGCUGGGAGUUCGUGGAAUACUAGCCACCAUCAAACCUCUUCGAAUGCUAGGAGUUCAAGCAAUACUAGGCCUCAACAUAAGCAGCAACCAACAUUUAUAGCUGACAAUUUCAGCUCUUUGGAUGAGGUUAUUUCUGCUCUAAGAGAUGCUGGUCUUGAAUCUUCAAAUUUAAUUCUUGGUAUUGAUUUCACAAAAAGCAAUGAGUGGACAGGCAAGCACUCAUUCCAUCGAAAAAGUCUUCAUCAUAUUGGAAACAAUCCUAAUCCAUAUGAGCAAGCCAUAUCUAUAAUUGGUCGUACUCUUUCUUCUUUUGACGAAGAUAACCUGAUACCAUGUUUUGGUUUUGGUGAUGCUUCUACACAUGAUCAGAAUGUGUUCAAUUUUUAUGCUGAUGGUAGAUAUUGUAACGGUUUUGAAGAAGCACUUGAACGUUAUAGACAGAUUGUUCCACACUUAAAACUUUCAGGUCCAACAUCAUUUGCGCCGGUAAUCGAUGCAGCAAUUGAUAUUGUGGAGAAAAGCAAUGGUCAAUAUCAUGUUCUUGUUAUUAUUGCUGAUGGACAGGUUUCCAGAAAUCCAGAUCCAGGAGGACGCAAAAGGCUUAGUCCACAAGAACAAGCAACUAUUAAUUCUAUAGUUGCUGCAAGUCACUAUCCUCUCUCAAUAAUUUUGGUUGGUGUUGGAGAUGGACCGUGGGAUGAGAUGCAGCAGUUUGACGAUAACAUCACGGAGCGCUUAUUUGACAACUUUCAGUUUGUGAACUUCACAAAGAUCAUGUCUGAGAACACAGAAGCAUCAAAGAAAGAAACAGCAUUUGCACUUGCUGCUCUUAUGGAAAUUCCAUUUCAAUACCGAGUUGCCCAAAAUAUGCAACUUAACAAUAGCGACUCACCAGUUUAUCAUCAUAAACGGCCUCUCCCUCCACCAAAGGAAGUAAUAGAUCAUGAUAAUGCAGUCCCCGUGAUUCCCCCUGUGACAGAAAUGCUGGAAUCAGCUGAGGAAAAAGCUCCAGCUGCUUCAGAGCCGGUGUGUCCUGUUUGCCUGACCAACCCGAAGGACAUGGCUUUUGGAUGCGGUCAUACAACUUGCAAAGAGUGUGGCAUGACAUUAUCUGCAUGCCCGUUGUGCCGGCAGCAAAUUACAACUCGUCUGAGAUUGUACACUUGAGCCGGUGAAGAAAAGGAUGUGGGGACACCUACUCUCGGUCAAAAACAGAAAAAUAAAGUUGAAGUAAAAAGCUAAAAAAUGAGAAUUGGAAAGUAACCGACGGGUGGUAUCUACAUUAUUCAAGCAUUCAAAUAUCAUUUCUUGAGAGCUGGAGAUCCUUAAUCUAUGUUCCGUUGUUACUAUGAUCCAGUGAAAGAUGGAUACGUAGUAAUAACUACUGUACCAUUAUUUCUAUUUUGGCUUACGGGCGAAGUGUAAAGAAUGGCUGCGCAAAGCUGCGAUUGAACAAAAUGCUUAUUGAGUUACAUGUAUACAUAGAGAGUCUAUCAAGGUAAACUUCAUCCUGCCAAAUGGUCUGAGAUAUUGGUUUGUAAAAAAUAGGCCGCUAGAGGUAAUGAUAUGUUCAAAAACUUUACAUAAUCCUUUUAGUAUUAUUACCAAGGCCAUAGUCUCAUCGAGACUUGUCUCCGAAAUUGAAGAAUACAGUGUGAUUUUAUGUAAAUAAAAGCAAAAUGCUACAAUUUUUUUCUUACCAUAA